CCAUGAUGCAGCGCGUUCAUUCGCUCAUACAUUCCCUUAAUGACUAGGACGUCAAAGUCUCCACGAAGCGCACGCUGUCAGUGGAGUGUGCGGUGUUGUUUGAUUAUAUCCGACCGCCUGCAGGGACUCGUAGUAGGCAGGUGGACUACCGUGCUGUAUCAAUUAGAGAGUGGCGAUUCAAAGGUGAAGCUUAGUUUAUCUCGCUCUUCAACUAUUUUACAGUUAUCCCUGAUCACGGGAGUAGGCUAGAACUUAACCGGGAUAAAUGUAUGUCAAGGCUACAGCGUACGCUGUGACUAGGUGAAUUGCGUUUUCCACUUUUGUCACGGCAACAAUCUACCAGUGACAUGUUCGUCGUAUUUUACAGAUUAUGGAGAACAUCAAAAUGUUUUAGCAUUUAGCCGCGACUGGAUAAGGAAGUGUAUUUAUUUCUUUUAAGUAGUCUGUUAUAUGGAGAACGAUGGCACAGGAAUGCACGACAUUGGCUUCUAAAUGUGCUCUUCUUCUUUUGGUCACAGCCUACCAGUUCCUGUCCACCAGCGCCUGCCAUCCCCAGUAUGAAUACUUCAUCACAGAGUUCUGUCUGACCAAGUUCUCCCUGGACAUGAAGGCUCUGGAUCAAAGGCUCUGGUGCAGUUGGGACGACACUGUGGAGCUGUACGGAUCCCUGACCAACUGCACGUUCCAGAUAGCCACGAAGAUGGGCUGCUUCUGGCCCAACCAGAAGGUGGACGAGUUCUUCAUCAACAUCCACCGGGACUACUUCAAGGACUGUGCCCUGACCGGCCGGCUGCCCCAUGACCCGCCCAAUCACAUCCUGGGCCCCUUCAUCGCCGUGCCCGUGCUCAUCACCUUGCUCAUGACAGCCCUGGUGGUGUGGAGGAGCAAACGCAGCCAGGGUGUCAUGUAGAUUUGAACCCCUCCAGGGACCCUCGUCCACCAGCAUGCCACGGAGGGCCUACAGGAAAGGGACUCCCUACACAUCCGGACUGGAAAGGAAACCCAAUGCUUGACCUCUGUCAUCUAAUCACAGUGACAAAGUGGAACUAUGUGUUUGCCCUGCUGAUGGGAUAUAUCUGACCUAAUAACCUUUACAGAUGGACAAUGGGGAAAAAAGGCAAUAGAUAUACUAUAAAUCAAGCGUUGCUUACGUAAGAGAAGGACUUUGAUGUCUCUUUGAAUCCGCUCACAAUCUUCACCAUAGCUUAAGAUAACUGUAGGCUAAUAACUGCUAGUGAUAGAAGUAGUAUGACAUUUCAACUCCCCGAAGCUGCUGAUCGCCAUUGCUCUAUUUUUGCCUGUCUGAACAGCACUCCCACCAACCCCCCCCCCGCCCCCAAUUGAAGUGCAUUCUUGGCUCAUGUUGCAGUGAUGUUUGGCAGGGGUUCUCUUAUUGACAACGAAUACCAAAAAACAACACAGCUGUGGCCAUGAGUUACGCUAUAGAUCCACUGGAAAAGAAACAUCCAGUUGGAACAUGACUGUCGAGUGAAAGAAGCGCUAGUAACCCACGUCAGACUCAUUUGGAGUUGACCCCUACAUACAGUGUGCGAUUCUGGCGUGAGGCUUUCGAUAUUUGAGCUCAACGGCCAAUCAAUCACUUAACCCUCCCUUCCAUACUCCAGUAGGAAUGUGUUGACUGGCUGGAAUUGAUUUGGGUACAGCCUAGGCAAAUAUGUUUGUUUCCCAUUUAGAGAUCCAGGACAGGAGACAGGACAGCUACAGCAAUUCACUCUAUUUUACAAAAAUGUAAACUAUUGGAUGAGAAUUGCUCUACCUUUAAGGUGGAUUUUGGUUGCACUGAGAUGUUAGGUCUACUGUUGUGUUCCUCCAGACUCUCAUGAGUAAAUCCAGUGUAUCCUGUUCCCUUCCUGUCAGUUGUUAGAUGUAUACUGACAGCCAAAUUGUGUGGUGAGAUAAAUGAGUCCUAACUUAAUGAACCUGGGUUUAAAUCUUGGGGUACUACACUUCAUAAAUACAAAGUAAAGGGUUGAUUUCCAGGCGGCUGGAUUAUUGCAGCUUGACAAGUCACACAGCAGCAAACAAAAGCCUGGGCUUCAUUAGGAACGUUUCUUCGAGGAGGAUCAAAAGACUGUUCCUUCUCCAGGAGCCUGUGCACAUUGCAUAACAAAUCUGAUCCUACUGACAACUCCGCAGGCCGCCCUACAAAGCAUUCUCACCUCAGCAGUCAACAUCUGAAUCACAAUGAGAUGUUCACGAAUUCAUGUGCGCUCCAGAUGACUGUGUGGGAAGUGAUACCAACAAAAACGCCCCCUCAGGUGAAAAGCGUUUGGUGUUGGCCCACAUGGGAUCGAAAAAUAGAUCUCUUCAAUGGAAGGUCCAGAGAAGCUGUUGGGAGCUUCCACCCUCGCAUACUGAAUAUUUCCUGUGCCACCUCCUCAAAAUGCAUGGCUUUUUUCGUUUGCGACAAAUAAAGUCUGUCUCUGUUUGUCUCUUUA